AUGCAGUGCCCGAAUGCGGGCGGAGAUGGUCAAGGAGGAAUGCCAUGUGCACCUAUGGCAUCCGGAGGUAUGGCAGGAAUGGGAUCCAUGAACAUGCCAAUGAUGGGAAUGGGAAUGGGAAUGGGAAUGCCCAUGAUGGGUAUGCCUAUGAUGCCAAAUCCCAUGAUGAUGAUGAUGGCGGGAGCCAUGGCGGCUGCAAGCAGACCACCUGCAGCCAGAACCAGCCGUUCUCCACAGAGAUCAGAGCCAGAAGUUCCAAGCAAGAGAGAGGACAAGCCCUGGGACAUGGAUGCAGAUGUCAGAAAGCUGGGAGACCACUUCAACAUCGAAGAUCGAUGGCUCGUGCGGCUCGAUGAGCUCAUGAGAAGGCGCAGAGACACCAAAGAGCAGGAUCUGGCAAAGCUUUAUGAAGUCUUAGAGCAGGCCCGGAGCCCCACAGGGCUUCUGGUCGCCAAGCUUGGAGAAAUGGAGUGCGGCCAAUUCGUCGGCAAGGUGAAACCCGACCGGAACAUCGAGCGCUUGGCCACGAGGUACAACUUGGACACCCGGGUGGUCUCCAGGCUAACCGAACUGAGGGUCCGUCGAAAGAGAACUCAACAAGAGGAUUUCAAUCGACUCGAGCAGCAUUUGAGCCUCUGCAAGAGGCCUUCUGCGACAGCGACACUCCUGAUUGGCAAGCUGCUUGAAGGAGAGCUGAAACAAAUUCCAGACGUGACUUCUGCAAAAGCUUUGGCACAGAGGUUCAAACUGGACAAGGACGCUAAAUCGAAGCUCCGCGAGAUCGCCGAGAAGCGAGCGGAUGAUGUUGAAGAAGUUAUGGCACAUCUGGAGAAGACACUCCUGAUGUCGCACCAACCCUCGGCCACACUUUGCAAGUUGGCCAAGACUCUAAUGGAUGGUGGAAAGAAGAAAAGUGCCGACGAAAAGUACGUAGGCAAUUCGGACAGUGAUGAACGCAGUCCAGAAGAGAGGCCGCGGAGCCGAAGCCCAGCUCGAAGUGACUGCAGUACAGACAGCAGCAGCAUCCGAAGAAGACGAGCCGUCUUGGAGAAGAGGAGUAGGAGCAGGAGUCAGAAAAGGAAGGGAAAGCCCAAAAAGAAGGACGCUGCUCCAAAGCGGCUGCCGUCGUUGCCGUCUUUGCCCUCUUUGCCCUCUUUGCCGUCUUUGCCGGCGGUGCCGGCUCCGGGCAGCGUUCAAGUGGGAAGCGGAUCUGGUGGAUGGACGGUCACAGAGUGGUGA